AUGGAGAAGAAGAGUAGUUUGAGCAACAGCUUGAAGGACCACUGCACUAGAGACUCCUCCACCACUACCACCCACCACCGCCACCACCACCACCACCACCACAACCACCACCAUCAGAGGCUGAACAUGAUAAAGGUGGGCUCUUCUCUGAUCGGCAACUACCCAAGCCACGCUGAAGAUUACCUGAGCGGACUCUCUUGGCCUCCGAGGUCUUACUCGUGCAGCUUCUGCAAGAGGGAGUUCGGAUCGGCCCAAGCCCUUGGCGGCCAUAUGAAUGUCCACCGACGGGACCGUGCGAGGCUGCGGCAGUCGAGCCCCCCCGCACUGCCAGCCAUGGCCGAGAAAACCGAUUGUAGCGGCGGCCAGUACCCACUUCUCGGCCUUAACCUCAACCAUAACCCUAAACCUAACUCCAACAACCCUAACCCUAAUUUCUCCUCUUCCCCUUUGUCCUUGCCUCCCCAUUUUGCUCGAGCGUUGCCAACCUCGAUUCGUCCUCCUCCUCCUGCCUUUUCUUCGACGCUGCCAUCGAUGAAUUUCCCUCCGGCCAGUGAAAUGGGACGGGCCCGCAAGUGUCUUGCUACUAGGGUUGGCGAAGCAGAUUGCGGUUGGACUACUCAAGGAAUUGCCAAGGAUACUAAGGCUGUUCGGCUGGGGAUGCAGGUGGAUCUUCUCGACAAUUUUAAAGAAGAUGAGGUCGAUUUGGAACUUCGCUUGGGGUACUCCAAUUAA